UCUAUACUUCUCGGUGGCUUUCAAAACUGCCCAAACUCAAUCCUUCAAGUCACAGUCCGUCGGAAUCGAAUUCCCGUUGGAAUUUCUCCGGCGGUAGUUUCAGAUACGCCGGCGCCGGAGUUUAAGGUAAACCCCAUCUUAAAUUGCAUGAUAUAGAAGAGAAAACUGAUGUCCAUGAGUUCAGAUAGAUCAAAAUCAUUGCAUAACUUUACAUUGCCUCAUCUCAAAUGGGGUAAUCAAAGAGUUCUCAGAUGCACUAAAGUAACUGGAAAAUCAAGCGGCGAUUCAUCGGAGACUGAUCGCAGAUCGUUAUCAUCGGAGUCGCAAUCCCUCGAGUACUCCGGUCCGUGCAAAACUUCAACCAUCUCCGCCAUCACAGCCGCCGAUUCCCACCGUGGAUCUUUUGUUCCCGUUCCCGUUCCCGCUAAGAAAUCCAAUCCAAUGAAAACCAGUUCUAAGAAGGUUAAAAACGAUCUGAGCAAUACAAAUGGAAUCAAAGAGGUUAGAGAGAAGCUCAUUUUCGAUCUCAAACUUGCUACUGAUAAAAUGAAAUUAUCCCUGCUCGAGGAAAAACAAAUUCAGGCUAAACCGUGGAAUCUCCGGUCCCGGAAACCAAUUUUCACUCCUCCGGCGGCGCCGCCACAUGUGUCGGAGAAUCCCACCUUGAAAACAUCAAAAUCUACACGAUCCAAAGGUCCGGCGGCUAAUACGAGGACGAAAAAAGAAAUAGAAGCUAAGGUAAAGUUCUCCAUUUCCCUGUCCCGUGAAGAGAUUAAGAGCGAUUUUCUAGCCAUGACCGGAAAUCCACCAGCUCGGAGACCCAAAAAGAGGUCGAAAAUAGUUCAAAACCAGAUGAAUUCAAUUUUUCCUGGUUUGUGGUUGACGGAGAUUACAAGAGAGGAUUAUAAAGUUUCAGACAUGGCUGUAUCAGGAAAGGAGGAGCAGGUUCAGGAAUAAGAAAAAAAUGGAUGGUUUCUUCUGAAAUUAUGAUGGACUGAGAAUUUUAAUGCUCUGUGUUGUUGUUAUUUUGUUUUUUUGUAAUGAAUGAAUCUUAAUGGUUGGAUUCCAGUUAAUUUUCUUUUUAUCAUUAAAAAUUUCGGUUUGAAUUUUGGUUUAAAUUUAGUGCUGCUAUUUUAAUCCAAAUUCAUUUUAGAAGGA